AUGUAUGAAAAGUGUCUUGGUGUGCUGCUUCGCUUCCUUGAAUCAGAGAAAUAUAACUUGGAUCGAUUGCGGCGUGGCGUUGAACAAUUAGAGCUGAGUCAAGAUGUUGCAGAUCGCCUAAUUCACCAGCUGCCUACACAAGAGGAGGCAAAGCUCUAUUUGCAUUUUCAGGUUAUGGAGUGCCGGUCCGAUGAGGAGCUCACCGAUGAAGACCGGUUGCUGCUCCACCUCUGCAAAAUCGACCGAUUGGGACCUAGGCUUGAGCUGAUUAUAUUUAUGAAUUCAUUUGAAGAUACCCUCGCCUCUCUUAUUCCAAUGGGUCUUCCGAUGGAAUUUUAA